UGUGUGCAUAUAGGUAAUAAGCUGCUCCGCCACUGCGCAACGAUGGAGCUAUCGCAACGAUGAAGAUGACGCAAACCGACCCAGCUCUCCGAAAAAGUGUUUCAAGACGAACAUGGCGGCAACUUAAUCGCGGUUCAAGAUGACAAUGGCCAACGGGAGAAAGGAUUCUAGGCUUUCCACCCAGGUACCGGACAGUGUGCGUGCAUCGAAAGGGCUCGUUGCUCUCCUUUAAGUGAAUCCUCCAACCGAACGGGCGGCAGCAUAGACGCGCAGCAUCAGUACCGAGAGGCUCCCAACAGCUGGUCUCCCUGCGCCCCCGACGACAGAACAAACCCCGGGGAGGGACGGUCGGGAGAGGGGGGCAUGCGGUCAAAGAGGACGCCGUUUCCCCCCGAAGAGCCAUGGGGAACCAGGAUGCGGCAGCGCGAAGCUUAAUCUGUGCGGGCGCGCUAAUUGGAUCGGAAUAGCACCGAUCGCUGCUGGCGCGAUAGAGGAGCGCCCUGGACCGGCGGAGGCACGGCACCCCACCGUUACAGAGGAGAAUAAACCGGAGUCCGUCUCCCCCCAAGUCCAUGAGUAUUGUGGCAAAGCAGCCCCCGCGGUGGAGUCGGCCAGGGCAGCACUUUCCUAAAAUAUGACCAGGGGUGCUUGGAUGCGUCGGCAGCAUGAUGAGGGCUUAAAAUACUGGUUUGCACCCCGAGAGAACGAGAAGCCAUUUACCGAGUCGGAGCGGGCCCAGAGAUGGCGACUGUCGCUGGCCUCUCUGCUGUUCAUCACCGUCCUGCUCUCUGAUCACUUGUGGUUCUGCGCCGAGGCGAAACUGACGCGAACCCGAGACAAGCGGUCGGACAAGGGGCUUGCUUUUACGGACACGGGCGAGUACCCAAACUCCCUCCACCGACAGCAUAUCCCACCAUCACCCGACCCCAACCGUCUCGCAAGAAAGCAAGAUGUUAUUUUUCUAGGGAAUUCUACCAAACCUCUGUGGCGAAUGGACACCUGUCAUCCAGACAGCCUGUCCAAAGACUGCUUUACUUUCACGGACGCGAGGACCGUGUGCCUGGGCCUCUCCGGUGGAGGGGAGAGAGGGACACCGCUGGCGUACGUGAAUCUGAGCGAUUUGUACCUUUCUUUUUGUAAUUCCUACUCACUUUUGGAUUUGUUUUACGGGUUUACGAGUCCGGACGAUUUGAAUUGCAACCUGGAUAUGGCCAUGGGGGUGGAUCUGCUGGGAUGCAGCAAGUGUGUUCGGGCUUAUCAGCUUCUCGACCAGCGGGCGGAGGACAACUACCGGGAGUUUGAACUGCUGGUUCAGAAAUACGAGACGGAUGCGUACUCGGUUAGGACGUGCAUGGAGGAAUGCAAGAUGGUUUAUAAGCCCUGGCUGUGUUCUCAGUACUUCCAGACCACCCAAAUGCACUGCAGUAAGCGAAUCCCCUGUGGUCAGUACUGCCUGGAGGUGCAGCAGCGGUGCCCCUUCGUCCUGCCCGACAAUGAUGAUCUCAUUCAUGGAGGCAGCCCCAGUUUUAUAUGUACAGGGCUGCUGGAGGACUAUCCAUCAGGUGUUGACCCAGAUGCAGAGUGCUGUGACGUGCGGUGGGACUUGAAAGUGGACAACCGUUCCCGGGGGACCCUGAAAAGAACUCACCCGCCGUGCCAGCACCGUACCUCCCUCAGCUCCUCGGCAGCCUGCAGACUGUGUAACAGCCGGCUCAAACUCUGCCUGCUGGUCCUCGUCCUCCUACACACUGUUGCCAGCCUCACUGCAUCCCACAAUGCAACAGGACUGGGCCUCCCCGCCAUCACGCCUCUGGAGGAGAGCCCUGCCAGCGAGGAGUGAUCGAGCUGCCAGGAGGAGGUGAGGUUGUUGGGGUGGGGGAUUCCCUCACCAUGUGGAAUAAUACAGCCGCAGUUUUUGCGAACGGCGGGAGGAGCCGUGUGCCUGUGGACAUUCUGCUACGCAUACAUGGAAAAUGUGGGACGCUUUGAGACGAAAGACACAGAAAUCAAUCAAAACAAAUAAAUAAGUGAACAGACAUACUAAGGGACUCAACCAGUCCCUUAGAUAGAAAGGGGACAAUGCCACGGCCUUUGUUGAGUGGGAAGGUCGGCUUCCCCAUGGCUGAUUUUCUCUCACUACGCUUUUUUACACUGUGUUCCAAUUAAUGGUUUCUGUUGCACUGGCUGAUUAUGGAAUAACACAAUCAUAUUCUCUUUCUAAUGUUCAUCCUUUGUGUUUGUUUCUGGUUCUCUCAUACAGGAAGAAAAUGUGUUCUCUGAAUAAGACGGAUAAUGUGUAAAACAAAUUAGCUGCAAGUCUGUGUGCGUGCGUGUGUGCGUGCGUGUGUGUGUGCGAUGGUUUGUGUUUAUAGAUCUACUGUAUGUGUGCGAGA